AUGUUUAACUCUACGAUGGGAUUUCGUCAGGCACUGGUGCAUCUCGUAAACAGCCAGAUAUAUCUGAGUUUUCAACCUAGGGCAAAGUCAACUCCAAAAGUAUGCGUGACAACGUGUACUCGUGUCACCGGCAUCAUUGGUAGCAGGAGGUUAGGAUUCGUAGGAUCCAGAUCCGUAACUGCCGAACCCCUUUCACAAGGCCAACAUCACCGCUUCUACGGAGCUUCCGAGUGCUACCAGGGACAGCGGACAGCCAAAAAAGCGAGCGUCGUGAUAGCUGCUUUGAACCCAAAUCGGGGUUGA